ACAUCUUUAUUAAUAAUAGAAUAUGUUUAACUUUAAAAACUGCGAGUUUUAAGACAUACAACCCAACACCUUCAAUGAUCUGAAGAAAGCGUUAAAGGACGAGGUCACCUCGUAUAAGGAGAAGGUGAAAACAAUAAAUGUUAUGUGCUGAAGUACAAUCUACCUGGAUUUCCUUACGCAUUCUAAGUAUCAAUUCUUACAUUUUCUUUACCAUAAAUGUGUAAUGAAAUUUUGUUACUUUCUUAUAAACUAAAAUGGUCUUAUAGGUUUGGGCAUAUGAGAUUAUAUCCACUAUUGCUGGGAGAGCUGCAAUUCGACUUAACGAUAAGGUGGUCAUGCUCUCAUUCAUUGUCCAACAAGCUAUUGCAUAAAGAUGUCUUCAAUUCCCCUUCAUUGGGGAUCAGGACGUUAAUGAUGUUCGAUGCGGAGAGGCAAUUUAGGGACACUAGAUUUGACGAACACCUAGUGUAUUUGGAGCUUCAGAAGGAGGAUCUGAUGUUGUCAGUGUCAAGAAGCUUAAAAGAAGAAUGUGCAAACUAUCUAGAAUGAGGUAUUUAGCAUACAUGAACUUCAUGAAGGGGACCAUAUGCCUUUCCAAUUUGAGCAUGAGUUUGCCACGAAGAGGAAUUUGAGAUCCGUGAGUCGUCGUGUACCAGAGCCCGAUGUCAACUUAAACAGGAUAAACAUUCGGAGUAAAGACUACUUGCAAAUAUUAGACGAGCGGGUCUCGAGAGUGGUGACUACAUUGAGGGAGGUGAAAUCUGAUUUGGUGGAGGUGAAGUCUGAUUUGGGGGAGGUGAAGGUACAACUGCGGGAAAUCACUGAGAUAUUGCAAACAUUAUGUCGGAACAAUGCGGAAGACGAGUCACGUGACCAUGAUGGUGAGGACGAGCAACAUGACGAUGAUGGUGAGGACGAGCGAAGUGACCAUGAUCGUGUGGAUGAAGAACAUGUCAAGAGGAAUCCUAUUGACCCUAUCUCCGAUCCCAACCUCUCAAGCACCACUCCUGUCAACCCUAUCUCUAAUCCCAAUAUCUCAAGUAGCACUCAUAACGACCCUAUCUUCAAUCCCAGCCUCUCAAGCACCAUCGCCAUUGUGCCUAUAACCACCACUAACACCACACUCACCACCACCUAUGCCAGAUCCAUCCUCUAUGGAUGAUGAUAUCCAUCUACGCUCGAUCCCGUGUCCAAAAAAGAAGUUUAAGAUUAAGGUGGAGAAAAAACCCGAGAAGAUCACUGAGGCUUCAAGAUGUACGGGUAGAAAGAGGAAAGAGGUUAAGCCUUAUACCCCUUCGGUUGAAGUGAAACGACUGAAGUUGAAGAGGAAGUACUACGAUUCAGGUGUUUGUCCUCCUAAUAUGGUUAAUAGGGUUAUAUACAAUCUAACCCAUCCAAUCCUAGAGGAAAUGUUCAACGCCUUCCUACAAUGGCUGACGAACGAUGAUGUGGAGCCUUACAUACCCGACACGAAGGCUUUGUUUAGGACGGGCAGAAGCAUAAAAGAACUGUUUCGUGAGUUGACGAAGGAUAAUGAAUGGAUCGAGUGUGAUGUACGGAAUAAUUAUGUUGUACAAGUUUUAGAUCAUUACAUGUACUAUGUUUUGGUUAGUGACAUGUUGGACUUUCAUUUGUAAGUGCUUGAGAGCAUAUUCAUGUUUUUUAGGAGAAAGUUGCUUGUUCAGCCCGCGAUAUGCGUCCAGUUCACGACGUUCCCACCGGGAGUAUUGGUAUGUAUAUGCUUUUUCAAUUAAUUAAUUCAUUCAUUCAUUUUGUAUACUUAGUUCAUUAACAAUUAAUUCAUUCUUUACCAACAACGCCAUUUGAACUUUUUCACACCCGAAAGCUUGUUCAGAGCCAUAUACGAUAGGACUGAGGAAAAAGUCACGCAUGUAUGGGCAAAAGAAGAUAGUAUAACUAACUUUUUGCUUGGUUUGGAGCCCAAUCACCAACUAGGAUGGAUUGAUGUAGAUUGCAUGUAUAGUACAAUCAACCUACGUAAACAUUGGAUCUUGAUCGUGACUGACGUGAAUAGAGGACGGAUAUUGUUAUACGAUUCCAUGCCAUCGUACAUCUCGAAGAAUGAUAUUGCACUAUUGUUGACGCCUUUGACAUUGCCAUCAUUGGCUUACUUUUGCAUGCUCUAUCAGAAGAAACCAGACUUACAUCAUGACCCAUGGCAAGUUUAUCAUACGGAAACAUGAGAUAUACAAGGUAGCAAUAUAUUAGAUUGUGGUAUCUUCUGUCUAAAAUUUUUUGAGCAUGUGGUUACCAGAUCUCCAACGAAAAGGGUGUUGGUUCAAGAGAAGAUGGUGGACUUUAGAUUCAAAUAUGCUUGUGAGCUAAAGGUUGAUACAUUCAUUUACUAGAUUGUAUUUUUCAAGUUGUAUACUUAUUUGUGA